ACCAGCUACAAGAGCAAUUAUAGUUUCAAAGUAAGUUUGAAAGCUAAGGAACAGCACCAUGUCUCCCUUCACCGUGUUCGUCCUCUGUCUCCAGCUCUGCCUGAUUCAGUCCGUGCUGAGCCAGAACUGCUGCGGCUCAGGUAGCCGCUCGUACAGCUCCGGCAGCAGCUACGGUUCCAGCUCCGGCAGCGGCGGCUCGUACGGCGGGCAGGGCUGCGGGGUGGUGAGCGCGGCCGGCGACAUCGACGCGUGCGGCACCACCUGCGUCACCGGCGCCGUGCCCGUGCUCGGCGACGUCUGCUUCAGCGGCUGCGCGCCCGCCUGCGGCUCCGUCUCCAUCUGCGGACAGUGCGGAUGCGGAUGCAACUAACCUUUUUCUCGACGAUCUAAAA